GAACGCAAACAUUUUGAACCCGGUGUGUUCACCGAAAUGACUCACUGUGCGUGAAUGUUUGGAAUUGAGUGAGCAGCGCAGCAAACGGUGAGGUGGAAAAUCGGGUUGCCCGCUUUGGAGUUGGGAAAGUAGAAAGCUGCCCAAGGAAGGACAUCGUUGGAAAACUGCUUUCCACCCAUACCGUGCAAGGUGCGAUACCUAGCAGUGGCGCUCCCGAAGCCCGUGGCCAGUAUUGACACGCAGUAUUCAGUUUAUUCAGGAUGGACCGUUGUGAGCAACACGUACAAGCGAUCCCUUUGCAGCGCCUCAAUACAUGUGAAGAGAACCAGAGGCGGCAACAGUUGCGGCAUGUCUUCGAAAAGUACGACACGGAUGGCGAUGGUUAUCUCAACGUAGCCGAGAUGAAGCGCCUGAUAAACGAGAAAAAGUGUCCGGACAUGCCGAAAGAUCUGGCGAUUCAUCUGCUGAAGGCAUCCGAUACAAACAAUGACGGCCGUCUGGAUUUUAACGAGUUUUACAAACUCAGCACCGAGCAUCCGUUCUUUCUGUGUGAAAUGUACAUCAAGUAUUGCAAGGCGAUCGUGCCAAAGCGGAACGUGAUUGAAGAAGGGGACGUAUUGGAUGGAGAAUAUGAGCAGAGCAUGAAACUGUGGCCGCCACCGCUGGUGAUGAUAAUAUUUUCAAUACUGGAAGUAAUUUUCUUCGUCAUCGAUAUCGUCAAAACGCAAGAACAAAAUGGUACCAGCACUAGCGGCCCGAUGGCGACCUUGUUUAUCUACAAUCCACACCUCAGGCACGAGGUGUGGCGUUUCCUAACGUACAUGUUUGUGCAUAUCGGAUUUAUGCAUCUCGUUAUGAAUUUGCUGGUGCAAAUAUUUCUGGGCGUUGCGCUCGAGCUGGUACACUGCUGGUGGCGUGUGGCACUGGUGUAUCUGGCCGGUGUCAUCGCCGGUUCCAUGGGCACCUCGCUGUUUACGCCGCGUGUCUUUCUGGCUGGUGCUUCCGGUGGGGUGUACGCACUCAUCACCGCUCACAUCGCUACGAUUAUCAUGAACUGGAAGCAGAUGGAGUAUGCCAUCGUUCAGCUGUUUGUAUUUCUAGUGUUUUGCGUUACAGAUUUGGGCGUUUCAAUUUACAACAGCAUUAACGAUCCAUUCGAUAAGGUGGGCUACAUUGCCCACGCCAGCGGUGCCUUGGCCGGGUUUUUGGUCGGUAUUGGAGUGUUGCGGAAUCUGAAGGUGGAAACCUGGGAGCGGAAGCUGUGGUGGUGUGCGGUGUCAGUCUACUUCCUGCUGAUGUUCGCCGGCAUCAUGUACCACUUUUUUAACCCUUCCCACUUCUACUAGCCUACGAUCGUCUCAAUCGUAUGUAUGAGCUCAAAUUUCCACCAGCCAGUAAAGCUGUCGGCUGACGGAGAGAGAAACAAACAAACAAACAAACAACGAUACAAAGUAUUGUACAAAGUGCAAGCACAGCUCAUGAUACUGCUUAGGUGCCUUAGCUUUAGUGCCUGGAAAAGCCAAACUACUGAUCAUUUCCAUUACUGUUAAAACGUUGUCGUGCCUUAAUGUUUUAUUAUUUUUUCCUGCUCACAGAUUGGUCGAGCUGACGACUCUCGUAGCUUUAACUCCGCGUAGGGUGUUAUGAAUUCCGCUUUGGAACUACUUUCUUUUUUUUUUUGCAAGCAAACAGAACAAUUGCAUAGGUUAUUCAUAUUGUACUUAUUGGACUAUACGUAUUAUGGAGGAGAAUAAAAUUUGUUUAUACAUUGCA